AUGAACAAGAACAAGGCCGUUCAGGACUGGAUUCAAGGAGUCGGUGUUUCAUCCAGUCGAUCCUUGGUACAAACCACCAUUACGCGCGUUGCCCUCAAGCCCUUGUCCGAACUCCAUGUCCAGCACUUACUGACCGAUCUACUCUUACAAACGGCAUGUCAAACAAGCUGGUACACAAGCUACAUCUGUUGGAAGCCGAGAUGCCGACACUGCAACGAAAGCAAGUAUCCGAGCAACCAGGUGUUUGCAGCCUUUGCCGCCCGUGCCGUCCGAGACCCUGUGAAACAAGAAGACUACGCCCUUUGGACACAAGACUCGUACAAGAAAUGGGGCGCCGUGGGACUUGUGUUGCACCUGCAAGAGUCGAGUCUUCAGACCUUACCAAAGCGCCGCAAGUAUUUGAAGGCGCACUUUGGAAUCAAGAGUCGUCAAAGGUUUGACCGUGGCCUCAUGAGGAGCCACCGACGACUUUCGCUGGAACCUGCCAGCUCCGAAACUAAACUAAGUGGUUGA